AUGACUGACCUCCUUCGUGUGCUUCCGCACUUCCCCAUUGGCCCCUACGCGCGGCUUCUGCCUGUCCUUGAGCAGCACGGCCUGACAACGAGCGACUUGCUGACCCUCGAGGCCGCUGAGAUUGGAAAGCGCACGCAUCUGCCGCUGCUCGACAUCAAACGCCUAUGCGAUGCUGUCCUGAGCGCUCUGCACGCUGAUCUGGGCGUCGUCUCGACACCGAAAGCCCGGUCUAACACUGCGGGUACCGUUUCCGAGACGACCGUUGAUGAGCCCGGGGACGGUGUCGGAAGAUGGAAGCAACAGCAGGAGCAGCGAAAACAUAAACAACAACUUAAGAACACCUUCGCCAACCUCAUCUCCCAAUGGCACACCAUCAGCACCCUUGACCCGACGCUAGACGCCGCCCUUAGUGGCGGCAUCCCCAUACGAACCAUCACCGAAAUCACAGGCGAAUCAGGCACCGGCAAGACCCAAUUCCUACUCACUCUCCUCCUCUCAGUCCAGCUACCUCCCCCCCAUGGACUGGGUCGUCCUGCGAUGUACAUCAGCACAGAAGCCCCGCUCCCAACGCGGCGCCUGUCCCAGAUGCUCUCCACGAACCCCGUCUUCCAACAGCCCCCCCGACACCAACGCCCGUCGUUGGACCGGAUACUAAGCACUUCCACGCCGGAUUUGGAGAGUCAGGACCACAUAUUGACAUUCCAAGUACCGGUCGAGAUUGAGCGGCGCAACGUAGGGCUGCUGGUGCUCGACUCCGUGGCAGCGAACUACCGCGCCGAGUUUGAGCGCGCGGGAGGGAAGCAAGGGUCAAAUAUGGGCGCGCGCACGGCAGAGCUGGUCAGGUUAGGAAUGCUGCUUAGGGAGUUAGCACUGAAGUACGACAUGGCAGUUGUCGUGGCGAACCAGGUGGCCGAUCGCUUUCCCGGGGAAGUGUUCGUCCCCCCUCCCGUACCAUUAUCAACGGCCCAUCGACCGGCAAAACACCCCCGUCUCCAAAAAGUCGACGACAGUCCUCUUGCUCCGCGAAGCAAACUUCCUGCUCCCGAACCAGACACCCCAGAAACUCCUGCGAACAUCCCCCCUCCCUCAUCCGUCCCCCUUCCCUCCUCCCAAUUGCUCCCUACCACGCCGACGCCCAACCCAGCUGUUAAGAACAGCAGCACCCUCCCCUCCUCCUCCACGAGCGACCUCAAAGAUGAACGAGUCCAACGACAACAACAACACCAGCCCGCCGUGCUUCUGCUCGACCACCAACAGCGCUGGUUCACUGGCUGGGGGGACACUCCCUCCUCCCUUUACAGCACUACCGGCCCCUUGUUAAAAACCCCUUCUCUUGGACUGGUGUGGACCACCCAGCUGGGGAUGCGGAUCGCCCUGUUUCGGAAGCCGAGGCCGGCAUAUGGGUAUCGCACUCCUGCUUCGAGGAUAGAUGGGAAUGCUACGCAUGCAGCGGCAGUCGUUGCUCGGGACGGAACAAUGGGGAUAGGGGAUGAUUAUGAGGCUGUUGUAGAGAAGGAGGAGACGAGGAGGGUUUUGCUAGCGAGUAAGGGAAGUAGUAGUGGUAAUAGUGCUUGGAGGAGAUGGAUGAAGGUCGUUUUUGCGUCGCAUGUGGCCGAGUCCGGUCCUGGGGUUGAGGAGGCGCCGGGGGCGGUGGAGUUUGAGGUUUGGAUGGGUGGGUUGAGGGCUGUGCAGAAACAGGGGACUGGAAAGAAGUCCUCAUGGGGGAAGUGA